CCUGCUUCCCCGCCGGGCUGCCGCAGGGCGCGGCCGAGCAGCGGAGCUCGCUCUGCUCGGCCGGCCUCGGGCAAGAAGAAGGCGACUGGGCUGUGCAGGUGAGGGAGAUGCGCGGGACGAAGGGGUGAGCGUGUAGACCGCGGCCGAGUGGAUUUGUUGGGAUGGGAGCUGAAGGAUCUCCCUUCAGGGAGAUCCCAAGGGAGGGAUCUCCCCCGAGUGGUGCUGUGGGACGGCAGGGAGCGGCCGAGAGGCUAUGGGGUUGGUGUCGUCGGGGUUCCCAGAACGGUGCCAGUGGGCGGAUGUGUUGCCGAAGCCGCCGCUGGAGUCUCGGCUUCUCCCCGGGUUUGGGCUGCCCGCGGCUCUGUGUGGCUCCGUGCCCGGAGUGGUUGCUGUGGGUGAAGUGUGUGGUGUCAGCCCGAGGGUGGCGGCUAGAUCGUGGACAGCUGCGAAGCAGGAUUUCGGAUGGGUAAGGCACACAGCAGUCGAUGCCAUGGGAGUUGAGGUGAAGGACUGUGAUCCUCUUGGUUUCCUCAGUCCUAGGUUUGUGAAAUCCUUGUGUUGUUUUGGCAAUGAGAUCAUCGUAUUCAUUUUUGCAAUCUUUGUCACCUCUUUGAUGGUAUACCACAUCAGUACCAAUUUUUCAACACUUGCAUUAUACCACGUUCUGCUUGCAUGUAAGAGACCUUUUGUAUUUCUUUUUCUUCUCCUCCUAGAUCCAUAAAAGCUUCCAGUGAUGAUUUUUGUUUUUGAGGUUUUUACUGUAGGAUGUCUUGGAGCUUUAUGUUAAUUUUCUGUAUGGCAUGAGCUUUAUGUUAAUUUUCUGUAUGACAUAGAGCUGCAUUCCAACCCUCCUCUUUUGAACGUGGAUAGGAAAGAAUAUUACACAUACAGUGGUUUUAGAUGAGCCCUCUCAUCUUCCUUCUUGCCCCCAGCUCCCAUGUGUCAGUUUUCCACUCUCUUAAUUGCAGGGCCGAUCUCCUUUGUCUGAAGACACAGCUCCCAAGCCGGCAGAAGAAAACACUUCUUUGGCUCAGAGUCCUUGGCUCAUCCACCAGUAAUCGAGGAGAAAGAGAAGCAUCUCGGUCCUCAUGGGCUAGCUUUCUCACAAGGAAAGGACAGGAUCAAAAAUAUACCAGGGAGGUUCAAGAGUUCUCUGUUUUUGUGCAAGGGCACUCUUCUAUUAACUUGUACUUUAUUCAGGAUGGAGCAGGAGGACUGUGUUGCAUGCUGGUAACUGAGAUUUUACGUCUUAUUGUCAUUGCUCUACUGCUGUUGAUUCUUAAGAGAAAUAUGAAAAAGAAGCUGAUAUUCAAGAUAACUUUAUACUACAUCAGCUUUCUUGCAUUCUUAGUUGUUGUCAAGUGAAUCCUCUAAAAAUGAUUAAUUUUUCUGUAAUCUACUCAAUACCAUGCCAUACGGCUAUUAAUCAAAAUUAAAUGAUGCUUGCAGCGGAAUUCUUUAGUAACAGAAUGUCCUACACUGGAAACAACUGACAUUGGCACACUGUAUAUUCUACCAUAAGUUUACAAAUUCAAAUAAAAAGUAUGGUCUUCAAAUACUGUGUUCUUGUGUUUGUUUUGUUUUGUUUUAUUUUAUUUUAUUUUAUUUUAUUUUUUCAUUUAUAAUGAGAAGCUGAAAUAAAUAGCUUUAGAGCAUUAUUGAGUAUAAAUUGGUGGAUAAUAAAUUGAUUGGAAGGUCAUAACCAGAGGGUUGUUGCAAGUGAUUCUACUUCCAGGGAAGUCCACUGAAGGGAAGUGUCCCCAUGGGUCUGCCUAGGGACUGAUACACCUCAAUGUCUUUAUCAUUGACAUAGAUGGUGGGAUCGAGUGCCCCCUCAGCAAGUUUGACACCAAGCUGAGUGGUGUAGCUGAUACAACAGAAGGAAAGGAUACCAUCCAAAGGGACCUUGACAGACUGAAAUGUGGGCCCAUAUGAACCUAAUGAUGUUCAACAAAGGCAAAUGCAAGGUGUUGCACUUGGGUUGGGACUAUCCGAGGUACACAUACAGACUAGGAGAAGAACUCCUUGAGACUACACAGCCAAGAAGGACUUAAAAAGUCCUAGAAGAUAGAAUACAUAACUUGAGCCAUCAGUGCAUGCCUACAGCCCAGAAGGCUGAGGGUAUCUUGGGCUGCAUCAACAAAGGAGCAGUCAGCAGAGUGAGGGAAAUGAUUGUUCCUCUUUGCUCUGCCCUUGUGAGGCCCCAUCUGGUACUCUGAUCUGGGGCCCAGCACAGCAAAGAUGUGGAGCUUCUGGAGAGAGACCAAAGGAGAUCCACCAGGAUGGUCAGAGGGCUGGAGCUUCCACAAAGAUGGGCUGGGGGAGCUUGACUUCUUUGAUUUGGAGAAGAGAAGGCUUCCAGUAUUUAAAGGGAGAUUAUACACAUAAAGGAAAUCAACUUUUUACACAGGAAGAUAGUGAUAGAACAAGAGGGAAUGGUUUUAGACUAAUGGAGGUGAGAUUUAGAUGGAAUGUCCAGAGGAAGCUUUUCAGUGAUAGGGCAGUGAGGUGCUGGCACAGGCUGCCCAGAGAGGUUGUGGAGACCCCAUCCCUGGGGGUGGUCAAAGCCAGGCUGGAUGGGGUCCUGGGCAAUCUGAUCUAGUGCUAGAUCUGUCGGUUGGCAACUCUGCCCACAGCUGCAGGGCUGGAACUACAUGAUCUUUACGGUCCCUUCCAACCCAAGCCAUUCUGUGAUAAAUCAGAGAAUUAAAGGUACUAUUUGUGUUUUUACAGUAAAAUGGGCUAGGACCUUUACAAAAAAAAAAAAAAACUUAAGGAACUGUAGAACAUAAGAAGUCAAGGAGAAUUCUGUUUCCCUUUUAUCAAAUGGCACUGAAAUAUGAAAUCAUGUGAUAUUUCAUGUUGCUCACACAUUUUUCAAGAGUGAAAUACCUAAUUACAAAAAGUAAUAAAAGCUACUUGGAAAUCCCUCAGUUGAGUGUGUUUCUUCAAAGAUCACUUGUCAUAGUCAUCACCAAGGAAAUAUUAAUUGCCAGAGGAAAUAAAUUUGAGCAUUUGGAGUGGAUUUUAUUCAGGGAAAAUCAAAGGACCUUGGCAGGAGACUUUGCAGGAGGCAGGAGAAGGCUUGUCUAAAUUGUGCUGAGGUUGGAGAGACAAGAGAGAUGCUGCCCCGAACCCCUGUGUAAGGGCUUCUGGCCUGAGAGAAGGUGAACCAGGGGAGCAAUCUCAGUCCAUUUCAGAAACCCUCUCUGCUUGGUGUCGGUGGGCUGCAAGAAUGCCUCCAUCAACUCACAGAGCUGCAAAAAGGUUAUCUGGGGGUAGCAGGAGUUGGACUUGAUGUUCCUUACGGGUCCGUUCCAACUCAGGAUAUUCUAUAGUUCUAUGAAAUGGAGAUGAGGAAGAGCAUGGAGUCACUCUCAGGGAGCGGGGUGGCUGUGAUCCUGCCCUCUGCUUUCAGAGGGGAGAGCAGAUACUUCUGGUACUCUGUACCCAAAGCAGCAGAGAGAAGUUCCUUUGUGGUGAAUACUUUCAGCUGAGCCUGCACACUGGGGUGAAAGAGCUGACAGAUUGGGUGGUGCUGUGUGGGCAGACUGAGCCCUGCCUGGUGUAUUUCGAGAUGCUGCUGAAGAGUCCGCUGCUGUCCUUCCAAGCUGAGAUAAGCCUCACUUAUAUUAAUGACCAUGCGCCUGUGUUCUUAAAUGAAGAUAUGAUUAAAAAAAAUCCAGAAACGGCAAUGCUGGAAGCUUGAUUUUUUUUCAGAAAAUUCUCAGGAUCCAGAUGCAGGAAAAGCAAGUGUUCAGCAUUACAGCAUCAGCACGAACCACUGUUUCAACAUCUAUGUCUGCAUGCGGAGUAAGGCAGGAGGCACAAUGAACUGGUGUUGGACAGAGCUCUGGAUCAGGAAGAGCAGAAGUGGUUCUCGGCAUCAUGGCUGUGUCAUGUCAGCUAAAGAUUAAGGCUCAAGAAUGGAUGAAGAAAUAGCCUAUUCCAUAGUCCUAAAUUCAGAGGGUAAUUGUUUUAAUGUUUAAAAUAAAUACAGAGAUGAGGCAGAUUAGACCCCAAAUGCCACUGGAUUAUGAAGAAACAAAGGUCUAUGAGAUACACAUCCAGGCCUCUGACAGGGAAGGACUGUCUAAGCACUGCAAGGUAGAGGUGUGGGUGGAGGAUGUGGAUGACAGUGUCCCUGAAGUGGCAAUCACCUCCCACACCAACACCCUCUCCAAGGCUACUCUGCUGAACACAGUGGUGGUGUUCUUCAGCUUGCAGGACCAGGACUUGGGGCACAAUGGCAGGACAAGGUGUGAACUGCUGGAUGAGCAUUUCAGCACUUGAGCGUUUCACUGCUGACUGAUGAAGCAUACAUGCUGGUGACGUUGGAAGGACUGAACCAGGAGGAGGUGUCAAAGUACAACAUGACAGUGUGGGCCAGCGACAUGGGCUCUCCCACACUCUCAGCAUUGAAGACACUGCUGGUGUGGCUCUUGGACAUUAAUGACAACGUAUACACCUUCUCUCAGACUAUUACACCAUAAUGCUAAGCAACGACAAGCCUGUGGGUAAGAUCCUGAACCGUCUUGAUGCUAUGGACACGUACAUGGCUGAAAACACCCAUGUGAGAUACAUACUGGAGCCAAAACCACUAGGGACCACUGAUGUGACACACUUAUUGUUGGUGGAUGCCAAGAGUGGAACUGUAUGGAUGUUGUGUUCUCUAGACUAUGAGGAGGCAUGCACCUUUGGGGUGACCAUAAAUGCUUCUGAUAGGGGCUUGCCACUACUGAGCAUCUCAGUGCUGCAGUGGCUGCUGAUGUGGGUCAAGAUUGACAGCGUGUCCAUUCUGUUGCAACCAUUGCCUGACAGCAGUGUGAUGAUGGGCAACCUUGUGCCAUUGCAGGUGUGGAUGGGCUACCGGUGCCCGAGAUGGUGGUGGAGGACAAGCAUGCACUGUAGAAUGCAUGGCUCUUCUAUGAACUGUUCUUCCUCAACUCCAUCAUUGCUGUUUCAGGAUUCAAGCUCUUCUUUGCCUAAGGCUUCAAUGACCUGCUGCCUAUUUUCAACCUGUUGGCAAAUUCAUUAGUGGAUGGAUGGCAUGGAUCAAUUAGUCCAUGGAUGGUAUGGACCUCUGUGGCCACAUUAUGAUUUGUGUUUCAUAAGUGGUUUGGGGCAGAGUGACAUUGGAUUCCUGGGGCCCAUCCUACCAAGCAAACCAACCAUAUAGAGCCUGCAGCAUGUGGGGCAGAUGGAAGCCAAGAAAAGGAGAAGAGCGGCUUCUGAUGGUCUAGCUGCCUGCCUGCCCUACUCAGGAAGCACGCAUAGGAGAGUGGAGGGCAAGUUUGCGUUUAGACUAAGCUAUGACCACCUCCAUUCCCGGUCCAUAGUGUGAGAAGAUGUAGUUUCAUUAUUCCAAUUACUAAUUUUUCAGAAAGAAAUGUCUUUGCGUAUUGUCUUAUCUAAUCCCCUUAAAAUAUCGGUCACGACACGUAUGAUAAGGUUUUACUAGAAAUGAUACGCCAAUGUAAAUUGGAGAUUCUGACACUGCGUUGCGUCGUGCUGCAUGUUUUCUUCUUUUCUUCUCCGCUGCGUGUGGCGGCGAGAGGCCGCGGGCAGGAGCGCGUGCCGUCCCCGGAGCAGUCCCGCCGCGGGCCGCAGGGUGGUGCUCCUGGCCAAGGCGGCGCCGAGCGGCUGCGGGCGGGGAGAAGCCGAGCCCAGCGCAGCGCAGCGCAGCGCAGCGCAGGCGGGAGGAGGCGGCGGAGAGCGGCGGCAGAGAGCGGCGGCGGAGAGCUGUUGUCCGUGCUCUGAGCUCGGUGUGAGCCGCCGGCGGGCCGGGGCGGCCGCGCUCCGGGCUCCGUCCGCACCCGGCGAGAGGCAGCGAGGGAGGCAGCGAGGGAGGCCGCUUGCCGGGCGGCCGGAGGCUGUCCGCCGCCCCGCCAUGGCGGCUGCAAGGCAAGUGCUGUGUCUGUGGGCUUUGCUGGGCGUGCCGCGCGUUCGCUGCGAGCCCAUCCGCUACUCCGUGGCCGAGGAGGGCGAGAGCGGCUCGGUGGUGGCCGACGUGGCGGAGGACGCGGGGCUGGCCCCGGCGCAGCUCUCGGCUCGCCGGGCGCGCAUCGCCUCGCCGGCCGGCCGGCAGCACUUUCGCUUGGAGCGCGGCAGCGGCCGCCUCGUUGUCGCCGAGCGGCUCGAUCGGGAGGAGAUGUGCGGACGCUCCCGCACCUGCACGCUCGCCUUCGAGCUGCUGCUCGCCGACCCGCUGCAGUUCUUUCCGAUCGAGGUGUCCGUGGAGGACAUCAAUGACCACUCGCCGGUCUUCCCGGACGAACGAGUGACCUUUAAGAUCCCUGAGAGGGGCGACCCGGGCUCACGUUUCCCUGUGGAGGCUGCUCAGGACCUGGACAUUGGCAGCAAUGACAUCCAGGCGUACAGCAUCAUUCCUGAGAACGAAUACUUCACUGUCUUCAUACAGAGUGAGAAUGAGAAAUUUAUAGAACUGGUUUUGGAGAAGCCUCUGGACAGAGAGGAGCAGCCAGAGAUGGAUUUCACUCUCGUUGCCACAGAUGGGGGUUCUCCACCCCGAACUGGUUCAACCGAAAUCCUCAUCGUUGUUCUGGAUAUAAAUGACAAUGCUCCCAUUUUCACACAGAAGCUCUACAUUGCUCAUGUUUUGGAAAAUGCUCCAGAGGGCUCUGUGGUUCUCAGAGUGGUGGCCAACGAUGCAGAUGAGGGUGUUAAUGGGGACAUCUCGUAUCAGUUCAGCCAAUCAGUAGGACACAGGCAUUCAUUGUUCACGAUCAACUCCAAAACAGGUGAAAUUGGCAUUGCAAAGCCUUUAGAUUUUGAGACCGAAAAGAAACAUAAACUUACCGUGCAGGCAGUUGAUGGUGGGGGACUCUCAUCCAUGUGCAAUGUGAUAGUGGAGGUGCUGGAUGUGAAUGAUAAUGCACCAGAGAUCGUGGUCAGUUCCUUCAGUAGCCCAAUCCCGGAGAAUGUAGAACCUGGAACGGUAAUUGCUCUCUUUGCUGUCAGGGAUCAGGAUUCCGGCGUAAAUGGGGAGAUUACAUGUGCCCUUGAAGAACAGCUCUCCUUCGCCCUCAGGCCAGCCUUCAAGAACUACUACGAGCUGGUGACCGUGAGCACUUUGGACCGGGAGGAGAGAGCACAGCACAUGGUGGUCGUCACGGCAGCAGAUGCAGGCUCUCCUCCUCUCACCAGCACCCACACCUUCAGCGUGGACAUCUCCGAUGUCAACGACAACGCACCCGUCUUCAACCAGACGUCGUACACCAUGUACGUGCAUGAGAACAAUGCACCUGCACUGCUCGUCGGGGCCGUGAAGGCGACGGAUGCGGACGCGGGGCCCAACGCCAAGGUGAGCUAUUCCGUGGUGCCAGCCCGUGGCCCGGAAGAAGAGCCCUGCUCGUGUGUGUCCGUGAACUCGGAGAGCGGAGGCGUGUUUGUGCUGCGGCCGCUGGACUACGAGCAGCUGAGGCAGCUGGAGGUGGUGGUGAGCGCUGCAGACGCGGGGUCCCCUCCCCUCAGCAGCAGCGUCAGCGUCCGCCUGCUGGUGGUGGACGAGAACGACAACGCGCCGCUGGUGCUGCACCCCAGCGCGCAGGACAGCAGCCCUCCUUCCAGCGAGCUGGUGCCCGCCGGGGCCGAGGCGGGGGACCUGGUGAGCAAAGUGGUGGCCGUGGACGCCGACUCGGGUCAGAACUCGUGGCUUUCCUACCAGCUGCUGAGGGCCACGGAGCCGGGGCUGUUUGCUGUGGGUGCCCAAAGCGGGGAGGUGCGGCUGAGGAGGCCGCCGACCGAGAGGGACGCUGCGAAGCAGAAGCUCGUCGUGCUGGUGCGGGACAACGGGCGGCCGCCGCUGUCGGCCACGGCAGCGCUCAGCGUGCUCCUCGUCCCCGGCUCCUGGGACGCUCAGCUGCCGCAGCAGAGCCCUGCUGCAGGCGAGGACGACGGCUCCCUCACCACCUCUUUGAUCAUCGCCUUGGUCUUUGUGUCGCUCCUCUUCUUGCUGUCGGCGGCCGCCUUUGUCGCCUGCAAGGUGUGCAAGAGGAAGGAGCUGAGUAGCGGGCCCGUGCUUUACGGCGCCAGCAGCGUGCAGAGCUACGUGGCUGACGGGGCCGCUGCCGGGACCCUGCCCCACGCCUAUUGCUACGAGGUCAGCCUCACCACGGGCUCGGGCAACAGCGAGUUCAAGUUCCUGAAGCCCGUCCUCCCCAGCCUGCCAGCGCAGCACUGCAGCACGGGGGUGGGUGGCGCCCAUGCUGAGGAGUUCCCUCCCGUGCCUGUCACUAUGGGGGAUGCUGAUUUCGAGAGCCCCGGGAUGCAGUCUGUGGCACAAUUGAAUGGGUUUUAAUUCGCACAGGGUCUCCAGUUCGGGUAGAUUCGUGGCUUGUUUAAUUGGCAUUUGGGUUUGAUGGUUAAUUGCAUGUCCCCUUGUUUAGAUCUGCAUUUGUCAUUUGCAUCCCAUAGCACAAGGUUGCUGUGCGUUCCCUCUGCUCCCCUGAAAGUACAGCAGCAACGUGAUUCAAGUUUCAUGCAUGUCAAUUAAUGGUAUUUGUAUGAUCUGUUAUGUCUGUUUCUGGAAUGCUUGCGCAGUGGGUUUCUUUCCCUGGUGCCCAGCUCAUUUCUUCCCCAUUUGCUGGGUGAUCGUUUGGGCCAUGCUUAUUCCUGAGGGGGAUGCAGAACUGCACAGCUGCGGGGCUCAGUCUGGAGGGCAGUUUUCUGGGAGUUCCCUUAGGUAGCCCGGAGUCUGCACAGCCGGUGUCUUUGUGGCUUGAGAAAGGAAGGUCUCUGUGCAGUGGCAUUCAUCUCCAGAGGGAUGUUGCAUUUGCAAUUGGCAUUGUGCAUUCCCAGACGGCUGAGUGAGAAGGACGGUUUCCCUCCAUGUUCUCUGAAAGAAGCUGACAAACAGAAAGUUGCAACACGUUUCAGGAGUGCUGUGGUUUGCUGUGUGUGGAGCGCUACUUUCCGAAGUGCUACAGGCACUGCAUUCUUCCAUUGCUGACUUGAGCUUCUCUUUUUGUUUGCUCUGUGUUUUGCCUCCUGCUCAUUAUGUCUCUCCAUACAGCUGUGCUCUGAUCCACCCACUCUGAUGUAUUGUCUUGCAGCUGAGCUGGGAAAUUGUGUCAUUGCCGAGGAUUAGGAAUUGUGUUGGACUGCAUAUAGACACAUUGCUUGGAAAGUAAUGCCUCCUAUUUAUUUCCAUGGAAAGUACAACUCUUAAAUGGCACACAAGAACCCUGCCUGAUGGAGUGGAAUUAUAGUUACAGAAUUCGAUUUUUCAUCGUAAUCCCCAUUGUACCUCUGCAUUUUACGGGCUGUGAACCAAAGCCUUCAUGUUGCGCUCAUAUUAAUCUUUGACAGAGGAUGUGGCCCUCUGUAGCCACUGCUGAAAUACAUCUUUUUGUCCUCCAUAAACAUUCAGCAAGCGUUAGUGAAUGUCAGUGGAUGCAAUUCUUUGUGCAUGGAGGAGUGCAGCGAUGCACUUCCAUGUGAGAUGCCUUUUGGUCAGACUGCCCCUCUAUUGCCAUCCACCGCAUGGUAUCAAAACACAGUGGGAUAUUGGUGGGAACGUUCAGCCUCUGCUUUGUACCACCAGCGUUGGCCUUGGACAGCAUGGGCCACCACAAUAAAUAGGGAGGCAUUACUUUCAGAGCAGCACUGAUGGAAUACACGGAAUCGUAAUUAUGUACAUAAUAAAACAUUUGAAUUGUCAACAUUUCUGGUAAAUGUUUCUAAAAAGGGGGAACAAAAACAUGAAACCAGUGGGAUAUUUGACCUUUUCUUUUUGGUGACAGCAGUGCAUCAGGCCGGUUCGGCUGCAGUGUCUGGAAUUCUUAGGGGAGUCUCAACAUCUUCAUUGGAGAUUUUGGAUGAAAUGUUACUCCUGUUGAACUUCAUCCCUGAAAACAGUUAUCCACAAAGGUACAUACUACCAAGAAGCCAUGCUGUGAGUGAAGGCUGAUGGUGAAGUGAGAGAUGUUUCUCUCUGGUAAGAUAGGGACUGUUGAAGUCUUCACCAGCCAGGGCUCUAGCUGCAUGGCCCAAGCUGCAGAAAGCAAAGGUAAGAACUGGGAGAAGGAGGAUCUGCCUGCUGUCAUUGAAGAUCACAUUUGUGACCAUCUAAAGAACCUGUAGGUGCACAAGUGCAUGGAACCCAAUGAGAUCCACCCACGGCAUAUGAGGCAGACACAGUUGCCAAACUGCUAUCCAUCAUAUUUGAAAGGUCAUGGUAGACUGGUAAAGAUUCCACCAAUUGGAAAAGGGGAGACAUAAUCUCCAUUUCACUAAAGGGGGAAAAAGAAAUAUUACCGACCUAAAGGCCACUCAGUCUCACCUCUGUGCCUGGCAAGAACAUGGGGCAGAUCGUACUGAUGGCCAUACUGAGGCACGUCGAAAAUAAGGAGGAGGUGAUUGGUGGAAACCGACAUGGCUUCACCAAGGGCAAGUCAUGCCUGACAAACUUGGUGGCCUUGUGUGAUGCCGUUGCCGCAUCAGUGGAUAAAUGAAGAGCAACUUAUGUAAUCUACCUGGACUUGUGCAAAGGAUUGGACACAGCCCUGCAUGACAUCUCAUCACCAAAUUGGAGAAUAAAUGCUUUUGUUGGACAAACAACUGGCUGGACAAGGAAUUAGCUGGAUGGUCACACUCAGAGAUCUGUGGUCAAUGGCUCCCUGUGCAGUGGAGACCGGUGAUGGGUAGCAUUGCUCAGGGACUGGUUCUGGGACCAGUGCUACUUAAGUGUUUGUGGGUGACCUGAAUGGCUGGAUUGAGUGCACGCUCAGCAGGUUUGCCGGCGAUGCAAGCUGAGUGGAGCAGUUGACAUGCUAGAGGAAAGGGAUGCCAUCCAGAGGGAUGUGGACAGGCUUGAGAGGUAGUCCCGUGCCAACCUCAUGAAGUUCAACCAUGACAUAGGUGAAGUUGUGCAGCUGGGUUGGGACAAUCCCUAGAUCAAAUAUAGGCAGGAGAGAGAACAGCUUGAGAGCAGCUUGAACCCUGAGAGAAUGUUUUGGGGGUGUUGCCUUGAUGAAAGACUCAACCUGAGCAACAAUGUGCUCUUGCAGCCCAGAAGGCCGAAUUUAUCCUGGGUUGCCUUGUGAAAAGUGUGCCUAGAUUGUUAAGAGUGGUGAUUCUGCUCCUCUACUUGCACUCUUUAGACCCCACCUGGAGUUCUGUGCCCAGCUGUCGUGCCUGCUACACAAGAAGGACAUGGAGCUGUUGGAGCAGGUCUGGAGGGGGGCCACAGAAAUGAUGAGAGGGUUGGAGCACCUCUUCUAUGAGGACAGGCUGAGAGAGCUGGGGGACUUUGGCCUGGAAAACGGGAGGACCUUAUAGUGGCUUUCCAGUACCUGAAGGGGCCUACAGGAAAUUUGGAAAGAGAGUUUCAGGAGUGCUGUGGUUUGCUGUGUGUGGAGACCUUCGUUUCCAAGUGCUACAGGCACUGCAUUCUUCCUAUGCUGAGCUGUGCUUCUUACGGUGUUUGCUGUGCGUUUUCCCUCCUGCUCAUUAUGUCUCUCCAUACAGCUGUGCUCUGAUCCACCCACUCUGAUGCAUUCUCUUGCAGCUGAGCGGGGAAAUUGGGUCUUGCUGAGUCCAGCAACCAGCACUGCAGCUGCUCGCAUGGUGUUGUGACACACCAUAACUCAUGGGUGUCCAACCUUCUGGCUUGCCUGGGCUGCAUUGUGUUAGUCGGAAUUGUCUUGGUUUGCAUGUAGGUACAUUGCUUGGAAAGUAAUGCCUCCUCUUUAUUUUCAUGGAAACUGGAACCGACACAAGGAACACAAUAGCGCUGUUGGAUAGAGCAGAUUCCCAGUUAGAAAAUGCUGUUUUUUCAACAUAGUCACUAUCAUAGCUAUGCGUAUGCACUGGCAGUGAUCCUGAGCCUGCACGUUGCUGUCAUGAUCAUCUGCACCAGUGAAGCUGACCGUCUGUUGCUACUGCUGAAACACACCACUCACCACCUCAGGGUGCUCACCUCCACUGCCUGAUCUCCAUAAUCAUUCUGCAAGUGUUGACGAAUGUCCGUGAUUGAACUUUUUCUGCAUGGAGUUUUUCAUUGACAAUCAGAGCUUGUUAAAAUCUUCCAUGUCAGAUCUUAUUUUGUCAAUCUGCCCCUCUGCUGCCAUCUGCCAAAUGGUAACAAAAGGUAAUGGGAUAUUGGUGGGAUGGUUCAACCUCUUCUGUCAUUCCACCAAAGUACACCUUGCAUAUCUUGGGACACCGCAAUAAAAUGGGAGGCAUUACUUUCAGAGCUGCCCUCAUUGAGUAUACAGCAUCAUUCUUAUGAAAGUACUAAAAACAUUUGCGUUUUAAAAAUAUUUCUUAAAACUUAUAUAAAAGCAGAACAGAAACAUGAAAGGAGUGUGACAUUUUCCUGGUGAGAACAAUGCAUCAGGCUGGUUUGGUGGUACCAGAUGCAAUUCUUACUGACGACUCAGUGUCCUCUUCAGAGUUUUCUGAUGAAAAUUUUCUCCACCUGUACUUUAUCCUUGAUAACAGAUAUUCACAAAUGUACAUACAACAAAGAAACAAAGACAUGAGUAAAGGUUGAUGGUGAAGUGAGAGAUAUUUCUCUCUGGUAAGAUAGGGACUGUUGAAGUCUUCACCAGCCAGGGCUCUAGCUGCAUGGCCCAAGCUGCAGAAAGCAAAGGUAAGAACUGGGUGAAGGAGGAUCUGCCUGCUGUCAGUGAAGAUCACAUUUGUGACCAUCUAAAGAACCUGCAGGUGCACAAGUGCGUGGGACCCGAUGAGCUCCGUCCCCGAGUUCUGCAGCACAUGAAGUUGACAGGCUACUAUCCAUCAUAUUUGAAAGGUCAUGGCAGCCUGGUGAAGUUCCCACAGAGUGGAAAAGGGGAAACAUAACCCCAUUUUCAAGAAAGGAAAAAAAGAUCCAGAAAACUGACAGCCACUCAGUCUUACCAGUGUACCUGACAGGACCAUGAAGCCUGAAGGCCUCCUGAAGGCUUCCUGAAGGCCCUACUGAAGUGCAUGGAAAAUAAGGAGGAGGUGACUGGUGGUAACCUCCAUGGCUUCACCAAGGGCAAGUCAUGCCUGGCAAGCUUGGUGGCUUAGUUACAGCAUCAGUGGAUAAAGGAAGAGCAGGUGGUUUAAUCUACUUGGACUUAUGCAAAGGAUUGGGCACAGUCCCGCAUGACAUCUGGUUGCUACAUAGGAGAAAAUUUGUUUUUGAUGGAGAAACUACUUGCUGGAUAACAAAUUAGAUGGAUGGUAACAGUGAACGAUCUUUGGUCAAUGACUCCAUGUCCAGUGGAGACCAGUGAUGUGUGGCAUUCCUCAGGGACUGAUUCUGGGACCGGUGCUAUUUAAGUGUUUGUGGGUGACAUGGAUGGUUGGAUUGAGUGCACCCUCAGCAAGUUUGCAGUUGAUGCAAGCUGAGUGGUGCUGUUGACAUGCUAGAGGUAAGAGAUGCCAUCCAGAGGGAUGUGGACAGGCUUGAGAGGUGGGCUCAUGCCAACCUCAUGAAGUUCAACCAAGACACAUGCAGCAUUGUGCACCUGGGUCAGGGCAAUCCCUAGCUCAAAUGCAGGCUGGUCAGAGAAUGUCUUGAGAGCAGCCCUGAGGAGAAGGACUUCAAGGUGUUGGUUGAUGAAAGACUCUACAUGGGCAGCAGUGUGCUUUUGUGGUCCAGAAGGCAGAAGUUAUCUAGGGUUGCCUCAAGAGAAGCACGACAAACCGUUCAAUGGAAGUGAUUCUUCCCCUCUACUCUGUCCUCAUGAGACCCCACCUGGAGUACUGCAUGCAGUUUUGAGGCCUACCAUGUAAGAAGGACAUGGAUCUGUUGGAGUAGGUUCAGAGGAGCACCACAAGGAUGAUGAGAGGGCUGGAGCAUCUCCCCUGUGUGAACAGGCUGAGAGUGCUGGGGCUCUACAGCCUGGAGAAGAAAACCUGGGGGUAUCUGGGGGUACCUUAUAGUGGACUUCCAGUACAUGAAGAGGCACACGGGAAAGUUGGGGAGGGAUUUUUAAAAGGAUAUGUACUGACAGGAUGAGGGAAAAUGGCUUUGAAGUCAUAGAGAGUAGGUUUAGACUAGGUAUGAAGAAGAAAAUCUUUACUGUAGGGGUGGUGAGAAACUGGAAGAAGUUACCAGGAGGUGUGGAUGCCCCCACCUUGAAAGCGUCCUAGGCCAGACUGGAUGGGGCUGUGAGCAAUCUGGUCUGGUGGGUUGUGGCCCUACUUCAGCAGAAGAGUUGGAUUCAGAGGAUCUUGAAGGUCCCUUCCAAGCCAGGCCAUUCUAGGAUUCUAGGAAAGUUGGGUAAAGGCAUGUGGUAAGAUCUUUGAGUUGGAUAUAUGGUUGCAACUCCAGAUGUUCCCUUUGAAAGUUAUUUGCUAAUGUAUGUAUAUGAACAGAAAAUGAAGAUGUAGGCAUAAAUUCAUGAUUUUUAUUUCAAUCUUGAAUCCUAUUUCCACAUUCCAUUAUCAUAAGUGAAAGCAUAAUUGCGUACUCUUUGUUGCUCAGAGCUGUGUGUUACGCAAGACCAGUAAAAUGCAUGCAGUUUCUUCCUCUCUUUUUCCAUAUUCCUGUUUGCUCUGUUUUCCUACUGACACAUCUAUUCAUUUACAUGUACUGCCACCCCACAGGGGAUAAGGGAAGGUUGGAAAGGAGAUGAUUUGGCAGACACUAUUCAGAGUACUCAAAUAUUGUGUUAUGUUGCAAAUAUAAACUGAAUUAUUGUGAUCCAGGAUGACACUGUCCGUUGAACUGAUAUGAAAGUAAACUCACAGUGCCACCCCUGUAAUAAAAUGUCUGGUGCUGUUCUGACAAA